CCCGCGGCGCCGCCCCCCGCCCCCCGCCCGAACAUGGACUCCGGCUCCUGCGCCGCCGCCUUCCACCCGGAGGAGUACUCCCCCAGCUGCAAGAGGCGCCGCACGGUGGAGGAUUUCAACAAGUUCUGCACCUUCGUCUUGGCUUACGCGGGCUACAUCCCCUACCCGAAGGAGGAGCUCCCCUUGAGGAGCAGCCCCAGCCCCGCCAACAGCACCGCCGGGACGGUCGACAGCGAUGGCUGGGAGGCCGGCUUCCCGGACAUCCCCUCCGCGGUGCCCCUGCCCGUCUCCGACCGCUGCUUCGGCCACCUGCAGCCCGGCCUGCUGCCGCGGCCCAAGCCCAGCAACUUCCUGCUGGACAGAAAGACCGACAAGCUGAAGAAGAAGAAGAAGAGGAAGCGGAGGGACAGCGAGGGGAAGGAGGGGUACAUGGGGAGUCUGCUCAAGCUGGAAGCUGCCGAUCCUUACGUGCAGACCCCCACGAGUCCCCCGCUGCAGGGUCUCCCCCAGGCCCCGGGCGACCCCUGCUCCGGCUGGGACUCCGACACUCCUUCCAGCGGCUCUUGCGCCACCGUGUCACCCGAUCAGGUCACAGAGAUAAAGACUGAAGGCAAACGGACUAUCGUCCGGCAGGGGAAGCAGGUGGUGUUCCGGGACGAGGACAGCACCGGCAACGACGAGGACAUCAUGGUGGACUCAGAUGACGACUCUUGGGACCUCGUGACCUGCUUCUGCAUGAAGCCGUUCGCCGGCCGCCCCAUGAUCGAGUGCAACGAGUGCCACACCUGGAUUCACCUGUCCUGCGCCAAGAUCCGGAAGUCCAACGUGCCGGAAGUGUUCGUCUGCCAGAAGUGCCGGGACUCCAAGUUCGACAUCCGCCGCUCUAACCGGUCCCGGAUGGGCUCCCGGAAGCUGUUUCUGGACUGACAGCUGGCGCUCGAGGUGUCGGGAGGGACCCGGUGUUCCUCGGCCCCUCCGAGUCGAGCACAGAACCCCCCGCCGCGGUGCAGGCAGACCCCGCCAUUCAGGUGCCUAAGCCAAGGACCGGCCGUCCGCGUCGGAACUGUACAUAGCAGUGACUGAAUAAAGUCUCCGUUGGCCACAGCCGCUGCCGGCGCCGUUCUCUGCAGCGGAGGCGCCCCGCCGCGGUGGGUCAGUUCCCCCGGAAGCGGGGUAGGUGGCACCGUGAAUUCUUGCUCCACUGGCCGGGGGGGGGAGGCCGGGCCGCUGUGACACCGGCCUCCGCGGUGUAGGGGGGAGAGGGUCCGUGUCCCCGGCGCGUCGGAACAGCCCCCGCGCGCGCGUCCCCGAGUGUAAGUCUCCUGCAGUAAGUGUCUGCACAGCCGGUUCCAGCUGCCCCCUCUGGGCCGCCCGCUUCCCGCCUCCUGGGGGCGCCCUGCUGGGGUCCUCACGUCUCCCCCUGAGCGGGGCGCCCCGGGGCGGCGGCUUGGCCAGUUCGCCCUGGGUUUCCCUCCGUUUGUUCAAAGGGACAGGAUGUGGCCGCUCCUCUUGGAACGGGGGUCGCGGAGCCCUGUGCUCAUAACUGUUUCCUGUUUUGCACGAUGUAAAAACCUGUCUUUUUGCACGAUAAUAGCCAAAAGUGUGGGCAGGUCUCUGCCUGGGUGCCCUUCCUCUCCGGCUGGUGUAAGAGCCCUGCUGGGCCCGGGCAAGCAAGGUGGCAGCUGCGGUCUCUUCCUCUCGUGCCGCUGCCCAGGAGCAGGCGAGGCCGCGCGGGCUCGGGCGUGAGUUCCUCUCCGUCGGGCUGAACAUCGAAGGUCUCUCUGCGGAUUCUUGCUCCCCCAGUCCCCAUUCAGGCUGGCCUGCUGGUUCCACGGGGCACGGGUACGACUGGCAGGAAGGCUGUGUCUGGUUUGAGCCGGCGAGGGGGCGGUCAGGUAACAUUGGCCCGGAACUGUGCAGAGUUCUUCAGAGCCCGAGUCUGACCCUGACCCGGGUGGCCCCCGGCAGCCCCGCCCGGAGAAGCCCCCGCAGGGCUCUGCCAGGCCGGUAUGCCCUGGACACGGGUGGUUCUGGGGUUGGCGGGAGACCAGGGCUUUGUGCUGCUUCAAGGUCGCCAUCGCUCUUCCCCAGUUCAGAUACUUGUUCUCAAAAUUGUUUUCUGUCGGGUGAGUGGCGGCGUGUGUUUUCCGGGAGCGUUGUUCUUACAGAGCAUGGCGAGGGAAGAAUGCCAGGCUGGACCCCCGCUCUCCCUGGGGGGCUGCACCCGCCAUGUCCCGGCCGGGCCCUGGGGGUUUUGAGGGGUUUGAGGGGCCAGAGGCCAAGUUUGUCUAGUGUCUUUCAUGCUUGACCAGCCAACUACCUUUUUUUCCCCUCCAAUUUUAUUUUUGAUUCUGUUGCUAAUAUUAACACAAAAAUAGAAAUAGUUUCUGAAACCUCGUUUAUGAUGAAGAUCCCCAAGGGAGAAACUGCCGUGGAGGAGAACGGGGAGAAGCUGGCUGAGGAACCACCUUCCCCCCGGACCACAGCCGGCUCUGACCAGGGCGAACAGCCAGGAAGAGUAGGGAGGAAUUUGCCAAAGAUUUGCCCCUUGCCAUGGCCUGUCCAGUGUCUUCAACAUGAGAAUAGCCAAAGUUCCAAAGGGUUUUUACUUUUUUUUUUUUCUUCUAAACGCUCAAGGUUUUAAAAGUGUGUUCAAGGUGCGUGAUUUUAGUGCGGAGCCGCCAGCCCGGCGAUGGCUGUGUCUUGGGGGGCCCGCCGCCUGGCGAUGCCUCUGGAAGGCUUCCAUGUUCAUCUCGGUUUCUGUUCUUCCCUUUCCUUUUUGUUCUUCUAACACAUCUACCCUGUGGGUGGUGUCCUGAAGUCAGGACACCUUGGUUUUGUUAAGAUUGAGCUGGGCGGCUGCGAUCAGCUCCCUUCCCCAUAGUAGGCUGACCCUUGGCCCAUUCAGGGGCUCCCGGUGGGUGACUAAUGAAGUGAGGGGAGGGAGAGCUGUUGUGUCACCCCCUUUGCAAGCCCCUCCCAUUGGCUUUGGCCAGGCCAGACACUUAACACCGUUUACAUGGUUCUGUGUAAUUACAAAGUUUAUGUGUAUAAAGCGAAGCUGUUUCUGUGAAACUGUAUAUUUUGUAAAUAAAUAUAUUGCUACUUUGAGGUUCUUGUCUAGCUUGGGUGCUUGUACUCUGUGCUGAAGGACAGUUGGACGGUUCUCCUGUCACCUCCCCAGACCGUGAUCAGAUGAGCAAGUGACGUGAGAGCUUGAAGUUUAGCAGGGUGAAAAAUGCCCGCAGCCCUUAAUCAAGUUUUCUAGUAAGUUCUCCAGAAACCACAGUCUGAAUAGGCGUGAAUGGCUUUCACAGUCCUUCAGCGGUGGUGGAUCAGCUUAAACCCCAUGUUUAACCUGUUUUGGAACAGCUGCAGCCUGAGGUUCUGCAAACCCAGAACUGAAUUUCUCUGGGGUGCUCUUGCUGCCCCCUUACACUGCCAGGGUCCCCCGAGUCUGAGCCUGGUGUCUGCCUAGCUCUGAUUAGUGACCAAAUAGUGGUCACCCAGGGCCGCCUCCCGCCAGAACCUGUGUAGCCUCUGGAGUCUGAAGCCACUGGCUGAAUGGGGCCUUGAGCCUCCUCGGGUUUCCAGUUGUCCAAAGCCAAGCCCUCCGGUGUGAAUCUUGGGGUCUCCCGAGCAAGGGAGUAGGGUGAGCAGCUUUCAGCGAACUGGGGUGAAACUGGCACUGGAGGCCCGGAUUAGAGCUUGGGGUCCG